AUGAAUUAAGAGAAUGAGUGGAAUGUGGAUAGUUGGAAGAAAUAUCCAAUUUAACAAUAGCCAGUAUAUUAGGAUGAGCAUUUAUAGUAAUCUAAUCUAGAAUAUUAGUUAGGAGACUGUAUAAAAACUAAAGAAACUUCCAGGAAUUUUAAGUUUUGAUGAGAUAAAUAAUUUCAAGAAUGAAAUGAUAAAAGUUAGUAAAGGAGAGAAAUUCAUCUUAUAAUUAGGAGAUUGCGCAGAGAUGUAUACUGAAUGCACAGAAGAACAUUGGAAGGAGAAAUUUAGUUUUUAUGAUGUAUGAAAUGUAAAUAAUAAAGAGUAUGGGUUAAAUAUUAAAUGCAAUAGUAAUUGGAAGAACUUGUGGAUAAUUUGCAAAACCUAGAACAUAAUUGCAUGAAAAAGAUGGGACUUUAAAUUAUAGAGGAGAUUUAAUAAAUUCAUUGAGUAGAGAUGAUAGAGAUCCUGAUCCUUUACGUUUAUUAUUAGGUGCACAUUACUCAAAAAAGGGAAUAGAUGCUCUUCGUAAAUACAAAGGUCAGUAGAUAUGGGUUUCACAUGAAUGUUUGCAUUUAGGAUAUGAAUCUACGUUUGUAAAAUUACAUGAAGAUAAUCAAUAUUAUCUUUCCAAUACUCAUUUCCCUUGGAUAGGUGAUAGAACUAGACUAUAUGAACAUGCUCAUUGCAAUUUUAUUAAGGGAAUAUAUAAUCCUAUUGGAGUUAAGGUAUUCUAUUAAAUUUAAGUUAGAUUGGAUGGACUAUUAAUAAAAGUGAAUUUGUUAAUGUAAUUAAAUUGUUGAAUCCAAAAAAUGAAGAUGGACGAGUAUUUGCAAUAAUAAGAUUAGGAAAGAAUAAAUUAGAUAAAUUAAAAGAUAUUAUUAAUUGGAAGAAUGAUGAAAAAUUAAAUGUCUCCUUUUUCUUAGAUCCUAUGCAUGGAAAUGGUUUAGAAAAGAAUGGACAUAAGAUUAGAAGAAUAGAAGAUAUUAUGUUUGAAAUACAACACUUUUUUAAUAUACUUGAAUAAAACAAUGAAUAACCAGCUGGAAUACAUUUAGAAUGCACUCCUUAUGAUGUAAGUGAAUGUAUUGAAAAUGAUGAAGAGAUCAAUCCAAAAAUGUAUACAACGGCUUGUGAUCCUAGGUUGAAUUUUAGAUAAGCUAGAAAAAUCAUUGUUUUUGUUAAUACUCUCUUAAAAAAGCUUAAGAUAAAAUAGUAAUGAG